UUGUUUUUUGUUUUUUUGAAAUUGAAAUGCUUAUUGUAAGUUAUGGGUUGUUUAGGAUUGAGCUAAUUAGCUAAUUAUAUACAGAAGGUCUCUCGAGGCAAUCGUGAAAAGCCUCUGUUUGGUUCAACGAAUCUGUAAAGUAUAGUUAUUGAUACGGCUACUUAAUAUUCCAUCCGUCCCAAUUUGUUUGUCCAAUUGUCGAAAUACGUGUCUUUUAAAAAUAUACUUAUAUCUUACAUUUUAUGAUUUUGAAGAUUUUGUAUAAUAAAACUAAUUAAAAUCUAUCAAACAAGAUCCAUAUUGCAUAUUAAAAACAUUACGAAUUGAAAAUUAUAACCAAUUCUUUGAGAGGUCAAAUGCUCUCAAAAAGUCAAAAGAGGGACAAACAAAUCGGGACGGAGGGAGUACCACAUGUCCAUAGAGAGUUAUUGGGCAGAAUUCAUUUUGGGGUCUCUUGUAUAGAUGUCAGGAAGGUAGCUCAUGAGGGUGCAUGUCUCCCUUUUGGCUACGUAUUGAUCAGCCCCGUGUACACAUUAUUGUCCUUUCGUUUUUCCAGAACUCAUAUACAGAAAUUAUGGCUCCGUUUGUUUCGACGUAAAACAUUUACGAUAGUAAAAUAUUUUUCAUGUGAAACGUUUUUACAAAAGUUAUUUUUUUCAAAUUUAGUUUUUAUUGUUUGGUUUGGCAUUUGAGAAAUUAUAAAAGGCCACAAAAUAGAAAUAGAAAAUGUACAAAUCAAUAUGAGUGAAACCACUUUUCAGAAAACAACAAAACGUUUUUACAAAAGUUAUUGGAUCGUGCAUUCGACGGUUCAAAUCUCAUCUCGACAAUGAAUGGCUCUCAAUCGUUGAUUGCAUUCGAGCCAUCGGAUGCACAACCCAAUGGCCCGGAGGUGUGCAGCACGUACGGCACCAACCCCAAUUCCACAAAUUUAAAGGUUACUCCAACAUUUUAGGUUGGAACCAAAAAAAAAAAAACCUAACAAUGCUUUUGAGAAUUUGUUUCUGCCAAACACAAGAAGAAAAGAAUAUAUACCAAAAACGAAAUUUUAAAUCAAUAAAGUAGACAAAGUAAGAAACAAAAGUUUCGUCGAAGCAAAUCCAGAAUUCCAGGUUACCAUUCUACAAUUGAAGCUUUUCAGUGGACCCGGAGAUCGAUGCUGUCGAGCCGGCCGUUCAUCUCGGCAAGAAUUGUUUGGAUCAAAUCUGAGCGCAUACAAAUGUAAACCAUUCAUUACUCGGUUAGGAUACGAACCGUUGAUUGCCGAGAUUAACGAUCGGAUCAAUCGUUCGGCACCGCUCUACUGGGAGGAGCAUCUUCCAUUUGUCUUUUAAGUAUACAUUGAAAAAAACAAAAAACGAAAAAAAAAAACACAUAACCGCGACAUCAUUUUUUAACGAUGGCAACGUAGUGGGGCACGUGAGUCACAUGUCUACCCACCUUACUAUUGGCUUUUAUAAAUCUACCUGGGUGAAUUGUUUUUUCAUUAUUACAAAAUCACACAAUGAAAUAAUAUUGACAAAUACUCCUAGUAUGUACUGUAAUUAAAUUGAGUGUUAAUUGUAACAAUAAACUAAAACAGUCAUUUCACGAGAUACUUACCGAUCGAUAAUUGAUUUAAAUUAAGUACUAAUUUCUUACGUACGUACAUAUUGAGAUUUAAUUUUGAUCGAUCGACAAAUUAAUUAAAUGCUUGAAUCUAUCGAUUACCAACUAAAAUAUCAAGAUCUAUAAAAUGAACAAAAAAUUAAAUUCGAAGCAGGAGUAGUCAAUGCAAGUCCCGUGCAAAGUGAACAGUACACACCCAACUUUUACGGCGGGUGAACAAAAUUGCUCACAACACAACGCACGCGGCAGCGGGAGAAGAAGCUAGCCAUGCCAGGUUUCCAUAACGAGGAUGGUGAUUCACGCGCCAAGAGAGCAGUUGAGACAAUGAAAUUCGAUCCCUCCACAUCUCUUGCAUAAAGGGCUUGUCCACCUGUGUGGAGCAGUACUACUUUACGAACAAGGAAAACAUAAGAAUAAACACAUGGAUCGAAAUCUCAUCAUCUAAAAAUCCCUAUCUCAUCAACAUCACACAGAGAGAGAGAGAGAGAGAGAGAGAGAGAGAGAAACACAACUUCCAGAGAGAGAGAGGGAGAGAUGAGGCACCCGUCAAGAUCAUCUUCAUCAACAACGGCAGCAGCAGGAGGAGGAGGAGGAGGAGGAGGAGGGGGUGGUGGUAAAACGAAUACAACGACGCCGUGCUGCAGCAAGGUGGGGCUGAAGAGGGGGCCCUGGACGCCGGAGGAGGACGAGUUGCUGGCGAAUUACAUAAACAAGGAAGGGGAAGGGCGGUGGCGGACGAUGCCGAAGCGGGCAGGGCUGCUCCGGUGCGGGAAGAGUUGUCGGCUGCGGUGGAUGAAUUACCUGCGCCCCAACGUCAAGCGCGGCCAGAUCGCCCCCGACGAGGAGGAUCUUAUUCUCCGCCUCCACCGCCUCCUUGGCAACCGGUGGUCAUUGAUAGCGGGAAGAAUUCCGGGACGAACUGAUAACGAGAUAAAGAACUACUGGAACACUCACCUCAGCAAGAAGCUCAUCAGCCAAGGGAUCGAUCCAAGAACACACAAGCCACUUAACCCUAAUUCUCCCGCAGAAGACGACAACAAAAACAAGCUCUCUUCCUCAAAAUUCAAUCAGAAUCUGAUGCCAUACGCUGACCAGAAUAUCGUUACUCCUUCCUUGGAAUUAGAACCUGUCGUUAGCAGUAACCGAAUUCCUGUGAUGAACAAGGGAAAUGGGUAUUAUUACCAAGGCGCAAAUCAGAUGUUGUCAAACCCUAACCCUAAUUUGCAGAAUCCUGAUUUUUCUGGAUUAGGGUUGGUCAGAAGCAGCAAUAAUGGGGUUGGAAAUGAGGAAGACGACGAGGUUAACUAUAGCACCGACGAUGUGUUCUCUUCGUUCUUGAAUUCUCUGAUCAAUGAAGAUGGAUUCAAUAGUAUUCAACAUCAAGCAGUGCAACAACAACAACAACAGCUUAAUGGGAUUGUACCUUGUGGUAGUUCUGACCCUUUGAUCAUCUCGAGUACUCCCACUCCUCAGAAUUUCGCCUUUGGUGCCGGUUGGGAUAUUGCUCCGAUCAUGUCAUCGGAAUCUGCUUUGCGUCACAAUGAACAGCUCAAGAGGUUUCAUGAUCAUGUUGACAAGAAGUUCUGAAAGUGAAAUCUGCAAUUACAAAUAUAGUUUAUGAGAAUUUUGGGUCUAGGGUUUGUAUCUCCAUUUUGUGUGUGGAUUUCAAGGUUGUCUAGUGUUCCAAUUUGAUUGUUGUAGUAUGUGUGGUUAAUUAAUCCUACGUUGUGGGUAUUUGUAAACAAAAAACCUCGUAUUAAGAUGGUGCUUUAUGU